UGUUACGACUGAAAAUCUAUGUUUCUUUAAGUGAUAACUAUAUUGUAUUUUUCAGUUCGAUGUCAUCAGCCGGGUUCAUUUUGCUCGAGCUUCGAGAGAGUACGAAUAUAUGCAACAUCAAAUUAACACGAAAAUUUUGUCCCGGCAAGUUAUGGUUUGUAAAGCAUACGGUGUGAAACCCAAAGCUUUGCACGUUGAUGGAAAUUUUAAGCUUUAUCGAUGGCGUUUAUCUUACAUCAAAGAUAGAUCUCGCUCUCUUUUUAAUAGUGAUAUUAUUCACUCUGAUGAAGAUGUGAAGAGCCAUGUAGAAUCGAUUGACUCUGUUAAGCCCAGGGGAAAAGGCAAAGAUACUUGUGGAGAUUCCGCAUAUACCGCUGGCCGUCUAGAAUCCAAUCGGAAGAAAAACAUGGACCAAACGGGAGUUCUAAUGGGUUCUUGCCGUCACGGAGUUAUUCUAGGAGCGGCGAAUAUGGAUCGUGGGGAGACAUAUCGUCAUGUCCAUUUUCUUAAUAGCAAAAUUUCUUGCGACUUCUUUUGUCAAGAUGUCGUGUGCAAAUAUUUCCCCUUUGCUGAAGAAAUUGGCAAAACAAAGGGACUCGAAAGAUUUGCAAAAGUAACGCAGAAUUGUACUGGCUUCCUGUCCCGAUGGCACGGAAAAACUCACUCAUGGCCAUGCCAAUUGUUAUGGGGUGGAAGUUGGAAACUCCAUGCAGCUGCUACCACGGGGGAGGAACAAGAACAAGUCUUUUCAACAAUGUCGCGAUAUUCCAACACAACCCGUUAUAUGAGUGAUGCUUCCCGAAGGGAUCAUCUAAGCGCUGCAAUCGGAUAUUGGAACAGGCGAAAAGAAGAAAAUAUGGGGAAAACUCUUGUCAAGCGUUUGCUAAAAGCUCGGAAGAAGGUCGCCUGUCUAGAAAAAAAAUUUGAUUCCUUGAUGAGAGAAAGAGGGCUAGUGGAAGAAGAUCUGCCAAAGAUACUGGAACACCUUCGCACUAAGGCAAUAAAUUCUCAUGAUAAAAUUGCUUCGACAAACUGGCCUCUCGCAUAUGAAAAAGAAGACUUAGAGGGACUUUAUCUUCAAAUACAUAGGUUGCAAUAUAGGAUAGAAACAGUAGCCGUUUCAUCUAAAGAGAGAACAAAAUUAAGAAAAGGAAUUACCAAAGCUAAAAAAAGGGCCGAAGGGCAUAUCUUGCUUGUUAAUCAAAUGAUUGAAAAUUGCCAAACAAAAUUGCAGCCUAACGUUGCUGAAGCUGAAAUUAGAUCCUGGCGGAAAGUCGAACCAACUGACUUCACUGAAGGAAUUUUCCCAUGGCAAACAGAAGGAUCGGAUUAG